UGUCUAUUGUUGAGGUGCCUAUUUGCCAGUAGGGGUGAUCAUCAGAUUUGCGUGUAGAAACAGCGGCGUCCUUCCCCCACCGCCUCUUUUUUUAACUUCUACUAGAAGUGCGGAUGUGAGUUGCGUAUUGAUACGGAACAGGCCGCCAGUUUUUGUUUUUUUUUGUAGCAAUGCCUGCUUAGGCAAUGAUCAUUUUGUGGAGCUAUGAAUCCAGAGGAGCAGACCGUAACGUGGUUAAUAUCACUAGGAGUGCUCAGCUCGCCUAAAAAGAACAUAGCGGACCCGGAGGAGUUUUUGAAAACAUCGUUGAAGGAUGGGGUCGUCCUGUGCAAACUCACGGAGCGGCUCAUACCUGGUUUCACUCCCAAGUAUUCCCAGGAUCCGAGAACUGAAGCUGACUGCAUUACCAACAUCAGGGAGUUUUUAAGAGGAUGCUCGUCCUUGAAAGUGGAGGGGUUUGAACCAGAGUGGUUAUACACUGGCGAGAAUUUUGGCAAGGUUCUGACCACUUUGCUGGCAGUCAACUUUGCCACACAAGACUGUGCUACUGAAAGGUCAUGUUCACAGUCCGGUGGCCACUCUCCUAGUCAGACGACAUCUUCACACACACUCUCCUCUGCCAAAUCCAAAGGCUCUCUGCGUAGACAAUCCAAAUCGGUGGAGAUGUCUGAGAACGGUGGAGGCUGGCAGGUGAUGGUGAAGGCCCGGUUCAACUUCAAGCAGAACAAUGAGGAUGAGCUGUCAUUCAAUAAAGGGGACUUGAUCCAUGUGCUGCGGCAGGAAGAGGGAGGAUGGUGGGAGGGCACACUCAACGGCAAGACGGGCUGGUUCCCCAGCAACUACGUCCGAGAGAUCAAACCCUGCGAGAAGCCAUUGUCUCCUAAAGGAACUCCGCUGACCAAGAACUACUAUAGUGUGGUGGUACAGGACAUCUUGGAACAUGAGCGGGAAUUUGUCAAAGAAUUACAAACCGUGCUGAGUUGUUAUCUACGACCUCUGCAAGCCAGCGACAAGCUGAGCAGCGCAGACAGCGCCACACUGUGUGGAAAUCUGGAGGAGAUACUCACCUUCCAGCAGGCUCUGUGUGUGGCUUUGGAGGACUGUACCAAAGUCCCAGAGGGCCAGCAGCGAGUGGCGGGCUGCUAUUUAAACCUGAUGUUUCAGAUCAAGACUCUGUACCUGGCUUACUGUUCCAGCCAUCCUUCAGCUGUUUCCAUCCUCACUGACCACAGUGAAGAACUAGACAAGUUCAUGGAGAGCCAGGGAGCCAGUGCUCCAGGGAUCCUGACCCUGACCACCAGUCUCAGUAAGCCCUUCAUGAGGCUCGACAAAUACCCUACGCUGCUGCAGGAGCUAGAGAGACAUGUGGAGGAAGCCCACCCAGACUAUGCUGACAUUGUAAAAGCGACAGCAGCAUUUAGGAGCCUAGUGACACAGUGCCAGGAACUGCGGAAGCGCAAGAACCUGGAGCUCCAGAUCUUGUCAGAACCAGUGCGGGGCUGGGAUGGAGACAGCAUGAAGAGCCUGGGUCAUGUGGCUUACAUGUCCCAGGUCCAUGUGAAAAAUGGGUCCAGUGAGGAAAAAGAGGAGCGCUAUCUAAUGCUUUUCCCUAAUGUGUUAGUCAUGCUCUCCGCCAGUCCCCGGAUGAGUGGCUUUAUUUAUCAGGGAAGACUGCCACUGACAGGCACCACAGUAACGAGACAUGCAGAGGAUGCAGACAAUGCCCACUAUGCCUUGGACAUCACAGGAAGCAUGAUCGAUCGUAUAACAGUGUUCUGCAGUAGUGCCCAGGAGUUACAAGACUGGCUAGAGCACCUUCAGCCCUUUACCAAAGGAGGAAGCCCCACAGGCACCAUCUCAAAGACUGUAGAAGGCAAGCCACAGAGCAUGGUGGGCCCUCCCACUCACCUCUCCCACCUGGGCAGCCUCAGCGCCGUCAGUCGCGGCCCCCUGGAACCGCCCAAGAUCAGCAAGCCCUGGUCUCUGAGCUGUCUGCGCCCCGCGCCUCCCCUCAAACCCUCUGCUGCACUGGGAUACAAAGAGAGGAUGUCUUAUAUCAUGAAGGACUCCAGCAAAAGCCCACGGCCCAUGAAGAAGUUCCUGCCAGGCAAUAGGAAAAAAGAGCGGAAGCCCUCUGAUGACGAGGUUCAAACGAGGAAAAGCACGGUUGCGCUGGAGGAGGACGCCCAGAUACUUAGGGUGAUUGAGGCGUACUGCACAGGAGCCAGCCUGCACCAGAACACCACAGGUGUGCGUUUAUCGGUGCGGAAAGAGUGCAUCCCUCAGGUGCUUCUGCCAGAGGAAGAGAAGAUCAUUGUGGAGGAGAUGAAGAGCAACGGGCAGACCGUUAUUGAGGAAAAGAGCCUUGUUGAUGCUGUGUAUGCUUUAAAGGAUGAGGUUCAUGAACUAAAAAAGGAGAAUAAGUGGAUGAAGCAGUUUUUGGAGGAGGAGCAGAAGUCUCGUAAAGAUCUGGAGAGAGUGGUUCGAAAACUGGCCAAGCAGAAGAAUGAUUCUGCUUGGGAUGACGGCGGCCACUGAACACAUCCAUACGAUCAUCUGUGUGUGUGUGUGUGUGUGUGUGUGUGUGUGUGUGUGUGUGUGUGUGUGUGUGU